UUGAACAUGUUAUUGCCAGAGGGCAGCACUAGUUUACUUGAUAGCGAGGAAAAGAAACUUAGUUAAGAAGAAAAGUUUUGACUGAGCUCAGGACUGUUUUCAACUAAGCGCAGGUAUAUUGAAAAUACUACAGUAAGAACAAAUUUUCGUGGCACAACUAUAUUAUAACAUAUAUAAACCAUAAUGUAAAUUUUACUGGUCUGGGCCUUCGAAGCCAAAGAGUUAGCAUAUUCCAUAUUUAAUUAGAAACGGGACACAUUAAGAAUAUUUGCGCAGCUACUAUGUCCUCUUCAAAAGUAAAUAAAACAGAAGAAAAUUCGGAACAAAUAUGUUAUAAGAAUCGGAGAUAUGUUUGGCCAACAACAAAGCGUAAAUUUGAAAAAUCAAAAAAAAUUAGGGAAUCAAUUCGUUCAUUAUGCGAUGAUAGUAGUUCUAGUGAAGAUAGCGAAUCUGUUCAGCUAGCUGAUUUUAAUUUGCAGAAGACUAACACAAAAGAUUCCUCAAAACAAGUUAAAGAACAUGCUAAACAUAAAAGAUUAGGAUUAAAACAUAAUAAGGAUAGUUCAGUAGAAAAUAUACAAUUACUUUCAAAUAAUAACUUAGAAUUGGAAAGAAAGAAAAUGUCCAAUGAAAAGUGUAAGGUAUCUGUGAAAGAGUCACUGAAGUCUAAGAAUCAUGGAAGCAAUAAAAGAGAGAAAACAGACAUUAGUAAUGAUGCAAAGGAACAAGAAGAUAAAAAUGGAAAGGUAGAAAGUAAUGGAUCAGAGACUGACAAUGUAUCUCAAAAACAUGUUAAAAAAAGACAUACCACAUUAAAGUCUGCACAAUCAAAUUGUGUUCAUUUACAUAAAGAUGAAGUUGAAUCAAGUUCUGGUAAAGAAUUUCAAGGUUGUAAAAAAUCUACUCCAUCAAGUACUGAAAAACAUACAGAUGGAAAAACUAUUGAAAAGCUAUGUUUUUGUCCUAAAUGUAAGAUUAUUGCACUGUCAAACAAAUUUAAGGAAGUUUGUUCAGAAUAUGAAUUAAAAAUGGAAUGUGUGAAACGAACACAUUUAAAAGAAGAAUUAACAUAUCAAGAAUAUGUAAAUAUUAUAAUAAAACAGUCAAAGGAUGCAAUUAGUAAACUUAAAAUGUUACUAAAUGCACAAGAAAAUGAACUAAUGCGUUUUUCUGGAGAAUGGACUAAGAAAUGGUGUUUACGUGAUUUAAUUUAUGGUAGUGAGGAUGAGGAAAGUAUAGUCUCAGAAUGUGAUAGCAAAGAAAUAUUUUCUGAAAAUGAAGGUAUUCCAAUAAGUAUUGAAAAGAAUAAAAAAAAUGAAGUUUCAGUACCAGUUGAAGUAUCAAAAGAAACAGUAGGUUCUAAUGAAACUGUUACAUCCUUGGAAGAUAACGAUGCUGUAUCUCCUAUCUUAGGUAAUAACAAAAGAAAAAUAGUAUCCAAUAAACCACAUUCAAAAAUCAAGUCAGUAACUGAUACUUCCAAAGAAAAUUCUGCAGGGUGUCAAAAAGGUAAAAUGAAUGACUCCUUACAAGAUAUAUUUGAUGAAUUAUCUGAUAAAAAUGAUGAAGUUGAUAAUAUUGUAGGAGAUACGGAAAUGGAAUUUGAAAAAUUAGAAACUUUAAAAACAAAAAAAUCUAAUGAAAAAAUACAGACAGUGGCUGACUCAAAUAAUGAUUCAAAUGUAUUAAAGGAAUUUGACAAUAGUGAAUCAGACGUAACAGCAGAGACAACUGUUGUGCUAAUGCCAGUUCUUUCUCGAGAUAUACCAUCGUCUAGCGAUGAUAAUGAAUCAGUAUCAACGCUUAAAAUUGAAAAAGAUGUAAACAGAUCAUCCAGUGCACAAUCAGAGGUGCUUAAUGAUGACCAACUGAAGAAACCAUGGUUGGAAACAGAUUCAGAAACAUUUUCAACUGAUGAAUUCAUUCCUGCAACGCCUACUAAAGUUUCUACUAACGGUAAUAUGAACGACAUCCAAACUGAGAAAUCGAAAUCUGAAAGAGAAAAUGAAACGAAUGUAACAAGCGAUACUUCCGUAAAUGAAGACAGUGAAUUGUAUAAAAUGGACAUUUCCGAAUUUCGUGCUAAACGUUAUCUUCUUGACUCCAAUUCAGAUGAUUCUAUGGGUUCUUCAUCUACAAAAGGAAUUGACGAUAAAGCUCAUGAAUCUGACGAUAAUAGCGAGAAUAGACAAGCAAAGGCAUCACUAGUAGUUUCUUCAAAUAGUGAAAGCUCAAAUUCUGACAAUGGUAAUAGUUUAGAAUGUACAAAAGUGCCUUCUUCAAAGGUACAGAAAGUCCUUACCUUACCCCUUAGUAAACAAGAUUCUUUACCAGAUGAAGUUGUAGGAAACUUUGAUCUCAGUGUUAGUGAAAGGGUGAAGAAUAGACGAAGGAAAGUAAUUAGUAAACGUGAUUUUAAAUCUGAUAAAAAGCUGGAAAUGAAAUCUUAUGUUGUUCUUGAAAAUUUACCAAAAAAAAUUCUUCAAAAACAUGCGGAUGCUUUGGAAAAGUCGCGGCAACAUUUGGACUCUAAACAGAUUAAAAGUCUUAUUAAUUUGGAUAGUCUCCAACGGGACAGCAAGAAAAAAAAUGAUUUGCCGCAGAGUUCCUCAUUUAUGAAAAAAUCUAAAGGAAGCAAAGCAACAGAAGAUACACUCUUGGAUCACUUGAAAAAAGUAGAAAACGAAAAAUUAAUUGAUCACUCUGAAGAAGAUAUUGAUGGACACAGUAAAAGUACACCUGAGGAAACACAAUGUGAUUUUCAAACUAAUGAAGAAUUAAUAAUAGAAGCUGAUAGAGAAGCAAAGAAUAUGCUGUUAAGUUUUGAAAAUUCUGAUGUUGAAAAUCAGAACGUGGUUUCGCAGGAUGAGCAUAGCGACGAAGAAAAAGAUAAAAAAGUAAAAAAUAGCACAGUGAAGUCUUCGAAAAAACCAGAGAAAAAAGCUUCCACUAGUGACGAGGACGAUGAAAGUGAACGAGAGAAACGUAGAUGGAGAGAGAGCAAGUUAUUAACGAUGAACAUUUCGACUUCAGAUUCUGAAGUUGAAUGUACAAAGUGGAAGAUAAAACAAGAAAAAUUGAAAAAAAAGGCCGAAGAAAAUGAGACGGAAAAUUCAGAUGCCAACACUUCCAAGAUAAAACGUAAAAUAAGACCCCGUCGGAAAAUUUUGGAUUCUGAUUCCGACGUGCAAUUGGUAAAUUCUGACUCGGAUUCCGUUAAAUCUUUACCGGUGGAAAAUGACAAAUCUUCAGACACUGAUUCCUCGUCAAAAAAGAAGCAAAAAAAGACACGUAAACGAAGAGUGCAUAAAUCUUCUGAUACAGAUUCGUCACUUGCAGAAAAAAAAGUGAAGCCGAAAAGGAAACGUAUCAAAAAUAUGGAUACAGAUAGUGACGACGCGUCUGAUGACGAAAUGAACAAUUCUCAAGGAACACCUAACGCAAAAGGCCGUAAAAAUAUCCGAAAAGUGAUGAAAGAUAAGCAAGUCGCAGAGAACACGAAACAAGCUGCAAAGGAAGAAGAAGAGAGGAUUAAAAGAAUUGCUGAUCGGCAAAAAUUAUAUAACCAAAUGUACGAGGCGAGAUUAGCCAGCGAAGAAAAAGUCGAGAAAUUGGUAUUAGAUUUUAAUACUGAAACAAAAGAAGAACUUGUGGUUGUUCAUCCAGACAUAGUGAAACGUUUAAAACCACAUCAAGCUAAGGGAAUAAAAUUCAUGUGGGACGCCUGCUUUGAAUCCCUUGAACAGAUCAAAACUUCUACGGGUUCUGGAUGUAUUAUUGCACACUGCAUGGGUUUAGGCAAGAGUUUACAAGUAAUUGCUUUAUCGCAUACGCUCUUAACACAUGAGGAAACUGGUGUGAAAACAAUUAUGAUCGUUUGCCCCUUAAGCACGGUACUUAAUUGGUACAAUGAAUUUAAUUUAUGGCUGAAAGAUAUUGAAGAUAAUGAUAUUGAAGUUCACGAAUUAACUAAAUUGAAAAAGAAUGUAGAGAGGAAGUACCAAUUACAAAGUUGGUACAGAACAGGCGGUGUCCUGCUGAUAGGGUACGAAAUGUUUCGAAACCUCAGCGGUGUUAAUAAUAGAAUGCGAAAAGCUAUGAAAGAGGAAGUGCUGCGCUAUUUGAUAGACCCCGGUCCAGAUCUAAUAGUUUGUGACGAAGGCCAUUUAUUAAAAAACGAAGAUACCGCUCUCAGUAAAUCUAUGAAACGUAUUAAAACAUUACGGAGAAUUGUUCUCACGGGAACACCGCUUCAAAACAAUUUAACAGAAUAUCACUGUAUGGUACAAUUUGUAAAACCGAAUCUUUUGGGAACCAAAAGAGAAUUUUUAAACAGAUUCGCAAAUCCUAUAACUAACGGUCAAUUCGACGAUUCUACCGAGUACGAUGUUAAAUUAAUGAAAAAACGUGCGUACGUUUUACAUAAAAUGUUGAAAGGUUGCGUACAGAGAUUCGAUUAUUCCGUUUUGACGCCUUUCUUACCACCAAAGCAGGAAUACGUUAUUUUUGUACGCCUCUCAGAUGUACAGAUGAAGAUGUAUCGAUACUAUUUGGAUAAUAUAAGUCGGCGUCAGCGUUCUGAGAAAGGAUCUCUUUUCGCAGAUUUUCAAUCGUUACAGAGAAUAUGGACGCAUCCUGUAGUAUUGCGUUUGAAUGCAGAGAAGGUUGAAAGAAUGAACGAAAAGAAACUUUCAAGUGAUUCAGAAGGUUCGUUAAAAGACUUCAUCAACGACGAUUCUGAGUCUGAUUCCACCACUACGUCGAGUAGUAGUGAUGAAAACGAGAAUGCUGACAGUGCAGAGUCCAAUCCUGCGCCGAAAAAUAUAAGAAGCACAAGAAGUACUAAUCCCGACGUCGCAGUGGUUAUCGAACCCGAGGAGACUGAAAAAAAAGACGAAGAAUGGUGGACGCAAUUCAUUGAACCAGACGAUUUCGAAGAUAUGUCUAUUUCCUCUAAACUUGUGCUUCUUUUCGCCAUUCUGAAAGAAUGCGAACAACUUGGCGAUAAAGUAUUGGUAUUUUCGCAAUCUUUGUAUUCGUUAACUUUAAUCGAGAAGUUUUUGAAAAAGAUUGACGACGAAACGCAAAAAGAUGAAAGCUCAGAGUAUAUGGGACAUAGAGAUAGUUGGUCGUUGGGUUUAGAUUAUUUCCGAUUGGAUGGCCAAACGUCUGCCGAAAACAGAAGUAUAUGGUGCAAGAUAUUUAAUCGACCAACAAAUACGAGGGCAAGGUUGUUUUUAAUAUCGACACGCGCCGGUGGUUUAGGAAUUAAUUUAACUGCCGCCAAUCGAGUAAUUAUUUUCGAUGCAAGUUGGAAUCCUUCCUACGAUGUACAGAGUAUAUUUCGUGUAUAUAGGUUCGGACAGAAGAAGCCGUGUUACGUUUAUAGAUUUUUGGCCGCUGGAACAAUGGAAGAAAAGAUAUACAACCGACAAGUAACAAAAUUGUCACUUUCUUGCAGAGUUGUUGACGAGCAACAAAUCGAACGUCAUUAUAGAAAUCAUGAUUUAAACGAGUUAUAUAAUUUUGAACCGUAUACAGAUGAAGGAAGACCCACCUUAAACUUACCAAAGGAUAGAUUAUUGGCGGAAAUAUUUUUGAAACACAAAGAUCUUGUAGAAAAUUAUCAUGAACAUGAUUCCCUUCUGGAAAAUAAAGCCGAGGAAGAAUUGAACGAGGAAGAAAGAAAACAGGCUUGGUUAGAGUAUGAAGAAGAAAAGAAAGGAAAACCACCGCUUCUAAUGUAUACUGCGCCAACUUAUCCAACUGAUGGAAUGAUAAACCAUGGCCAACUCGGUUUACCGUGGUCAAAUAUUAAUACAGAUUAUGAAAAACUCCAACAGCUUAUACGUAAAGACUAUCCAAAUGCAACACCCGAAUAUCAACAAAUGAUGACAGCUCGAGUAUUAACUGAUAUGUACAGUUAUUGGGAGAAACAGGCUUUCCAUAAUACAUCUGCGAAUAGAUUGCCUGAAAUGAAUGCAGGUUUAAUGCAGCAUCAGAUGAGAACACAGGUGCAGAAUUUGGCUCCGAGACCUCACGUAAUAAGAAAUACUAAUAAUGUAAGUGGACAAGAAAGAAACGAAAUUCCGUCUACUGGAAUUUCUACGUAUUCAAAAUCCGCAGAUGCCGACGAUGAUGUUGUAGAGGUUAUACCAACAACGACGAAUAAUAAGAAUAACAAAAAUCAAGAAGAAUGAAUGCUAUAAGAAAUGCAAUCUAGUUCAUUAAAAAAUAAUAAUGCAUAUUCUAUAUUGUUUUUUCUACUAUGAUAGCUAUUUAAUAUAUUCGCUACCAUUGUUCAAAAUGAUUUUACAAUGAUACAGAUCCUCGUCAUUGAUUUGUAGCUAAUAUAUUUAUGUUACAAAAAACAUAUCUCACGUGUAUCACACAUGAGUAGCAAACAAGUUAAUGGUGUGUCACUAACUACAGUGAAAAGUAUAUUCAGUGUAUGUUUUUUUAUAUAUACACAGUAUAUUCAUUAUACCUCGGAAAGUCUACUAAAUUUUUAUUCUCAGCAUUAUUAAUUUUAUGAUCGUACAAUUCUUCUGCGAUGAUGUCAUUCCAAUUUGAUACUUUUGUUUCCGGAUUAAAUUGCAGCCAAGCUGUGUAACGAUAUCUACGUGUCCUCAAAGUGUAUCCCAUAGCUUUUAUUUCCUUCAAUCGAGGUUCGUCACUGUUUGGAUUCAUAGAAGGCUUAAUACCUGGUCUUGGAUAUUGUCCAAAAACUGCAUUUUUCCAUGGCAGCAACUGCAAAUUUUUUCGUAUGAUUCAUUACAUAUUACUUUGGAUACUGAACAUCAUUUUUAGUAUUUACUUCUUGCGUUGUAGCGGCUCUUAUAAGCGGCAUAAGAGAAACUCCUUCGCUGCAAACGACUUCCGAACAUUUUUCUUCUAUUUGUGUAGUGUUUUUUUUGCCAUUUUCUUUAAGGCAAAUUGAGAUCGGAAUGUUUGCUAAAUCUGCAAUGGUUGGAAAAAUAUCAACUAAUUCCACCAUAGAAUCUAUAGUUAAUUGUUUUUUUAAUAGCGAAUUAUUUUUUAAGCUUGGAAUCGAUAUUAUUAAAGGUACUCUCAGAGUAACAUCGAAAUUGCUAUAUUUGGCCCACACUGCACGUUCGCCCAGUGACCAUCCUAUGCAAACAUUAAUUUUCAAUAUCCAUAGAAUUAAAAAUUACAAUUUUGCUAUGAAAUGUUUUCACUGACCAUGAUCAGACAUUAGUAUUAUGGUAGUAUUCCGUCGAAGCGAUAGAAUUUCUAAACGAUUUAUUAAUUUACCAAUUAAGUCAUCAAUAUAAGUCACAGCUGCAUAAUAAGAUUGUAUAAUUAAUUUUCCAAAACUUCCUGUGAAUCGAACAAUAAGAUCAACAUAAGGCUUUCAAUAAUUAUACAAACUAACCAUACCUGGUAUCUUUUCCCAUGGAAAAUUGAGAUUUAAACUUUCAAUGUCCUUUCUUUUCCUUAAAUCUAUCCAGGGAUUAUAAGCAAUACUACUAAUAUUUUCUGGCCAUUUAUACGGAUAUGGUACUUCAAAUUUAUGCAGUGGAUGAUAUUCUGGAAGAAUAUUUUAUAAAUAUUUUCUAGAUCGUCAAAAACAAUGAUUACAACUGGCGAUAACAAUGAAGUUUACUUAAAUAUCUUUUAGGAUAUUUGAAUGGUAUAUGGGGUUUCUGAAAUCCAACUGCUAAAAAGAAAGGAGCAGGACUGCUUGCAUAAUUUUGUAUAAAACGUUUAGCUUCUUGUAGAAUUUCUAUGUCUGGUAAAGUCUUAUUUGGCAUUGAUGAAACUUUAACUGGGCAUAUCUAAAAGCAAUUUUCAGAGAACAAUAAUGUAAAUAUAUUAUUUAUUUAUAAAAAUAAUGGCUGAUCUUAACAAGAUUUUGUGCAGGUGGUAUUUUCUGAGACGUUUGACAAACUGGUGCAUCCUUAUAUCUUUCUGUAUAAGGAUGAAAAGGUACUUCUGUCCAUGAGUAAGGGCUGUCAUCAGAGUGGUUUGAACUGAUUCCUGUAAAAAAUUAAGUAGUAUUUAAAUAGGAUAAUGAAUACGUAUUUAUAUUUUAUAAGUCGAAGACCUGGAUGGAAAACUUUUCCUAUAGAUUUGGUAAUAUAUCCAUGAUUUUUCAAAUAUUCAGGCAAUGUUGUAAAAUUGCCACUAUCUUCCCGCCAAUAGCUAUAAAAAUCAUAAAGUUUAAGUGUAUCCGGUCUUCUACUGGUUAAAAAAGAGUUUCUACUUGGUGCACACAAGGCUUGCUAAAAAGAAAUAAAUAUUCUUAGAUCAUAAUUCAACAUAUUUAUGUAUCAUUUAUUGGCUGCCUCUAUCAUAAAUGCGUUUUAAAGAUACCCUGUUCGAUACUAACCUGAGCAAAUGCUUGCGAAAAAAUGGCAGCUCCUUUUGCUAAUCGGUCUAUGUGUGGCGUAUAAGCAUUUUGAUCGCCGUAACAUCCUAAAGUUGUUCUUAAAUCAUCAACGAUUAUUAGAAGAAAAUUAUGUUUUUCCGCUACACACCAAUUAAUUGAAAUUAUUAGAUAUACUACAAACAACAUUUGUUAUAACUGAAUAAAGUACGCUUAAGUCUACAAUAUACAAACGCAAUUUAAAUCAGGUUUGAUGAACCAUUCUGACAAGAAUCACCUUGUUCAUUCGAAAAGUACUUCUUGUACAAAUAUGCAAUGGAUAAUAUUGUAUAGCGAAAAAUAUUGAAACAUUAUGUUAAACAACCAGAGGAUAAAAAUUCUCUUUAACUUACUAUUGCACUUUAUUUUUCAACGUACAGACAUACAAAUAAAAAUGCUACAUAAUACUUACAAUUCUACGAUAUCUAAUACA